AUGCGUUUUCGAUUAGUGCGCUUUCUUUCUCUUUAUUUUCCUUUUUAUUUUUUCAUUACACCCUUCCGCUAUCUCUUUAUCUUUCUCUCUAUCUCUCUUUCAUUUCCUUUCUUUCUUUCUAUCUUUUUUUCUCUCUUUCUUUCUUUCUCUUCCUUCCUCCUUUCCAUUUCUUUCUUUCUUUCUUUUCUCCUCUUCAGAUUUCUGUUUUUCUCUUUCUUUGUCUUAUUUACGGGCUCUUUCUCUAUCACUUCAUGUCACUCUAAUAAUUUCCCUCUCUCUCUUCAUCUCUUUCUUUUUCGCUCUCUUUCUCCCAUUGUAUAUUCUUUUACAUCUUUGUCUUUCUAUUUUUCUCUUAGCCUGUCUGUCUCACUUUUCCCUCUACUACGAGUUGUUGCUCUUCCUUUUUGCAUUUCUCACUUUUACUCUCCUUCUCUUUCCUCUUCAUUGUUUUAUAUGCAUUUCUCUUUCUUUCUCUUAUCUGCGAUCUCCUUAUCUAUUUCUUCUUGUCGCUUUCUAACUUUGCACCUCUCUCUUUCUUCGUCUCUUCUGUUACCUCUUUCUCUCUUUGCUGUUCUGUUUUUAUCUCUCUUACUCUCUUAG